AGAAGCCAUUUGGAAAUCCAACACGGAGGACAGUGCCAGAACCUGGACAUGCCGAGUGGAAGCUGCGCCUGCAUUGCACAAACGCGUGCCUUUUGUCCAUUGGUGUGGCCGGGUGGCUAAUGAACGUGAAGCUACGUGGGUGGCUCAAGAGGCACCCUCUUCCGGAUACGGCGUGUUCCCGAAAAGUGCUAGUGCGUCAUGUCGAAAGGCCCGAAUGAUGAGGGUCUCGUUUUCGAGACCUCGGAGGAUGUCGAAGUUUUGCCCACCUUCGACGCAUUGGGGCUGAAGGAGGACUUACUGCGAGGUGUAUAUGCAUAUGGCUUUGAGCGGCCCUCAGCCGUGCAGCAGCGAGCCAUCCUUCCCAUCCUCAAGGGCCGGGAUGUGAUCGUCCAGUCACAAAGCGGAACAGGAAAGACCUGCGUCUUCGCCUUGGGGGCCCUGCAGACAGUGGACACCACUUCCCGGGAGCCGCAGGCGCUCUUCCUGUCUCCCACCCGAGAGCUGGCCGAGCAGAGUCAGAAGGUCUGCUUGGCAUUGGGUGACUACCUCAAUGUCCAGGUUCAUGUGUGCAUCGGCGGCAAGCGGGUCUCAGACGACAUCCACACCUUCGAAGCAGGUGUGCAGAUUGUGUCUGGCACCCCCGGCAGAGUUUUUCACAUGAUUCAGCAGCGGCAUUUCAGCACGCGCCAUAUCAAGAUGCUUGUCCUGGACGAAGCGGAUGAGAUGCUGAAUAGGGGCUUCAAAGAGCAGGUCUAUGACAUCUACCGAUACCUCCCUCCCUCCACGCAGGUGGUGCUUGUCUCCGCCACCAUGCCGCAUGAGGUCCUCGAGAUGACACACAAGUUCAUGAACAACCCCUUCCGGGUGCUGGUCAAGCGUGAUGAGCUGACGCUGGAGGGCAUCAAGCAGUUCUUCGUGGCCGUGGAGCGCGAGCAGUGGAAAUUCGACACCCUUUGCGAUUUGUACGAUACCCUCACCAUCACACAGGCUGUGAUCUUCUGCAACACCAAACAGAAGGUGGACUGGCUCACGCAGAAGAUGCGCGAUGCCAACUUUACUGUGGCUUCCAUUCAUGGCGACAUGCCCCAGAAAGAGCGCGACGCCAUUAUGCAACAGUUCCGCUCUGGCACCAGCCGUGUGCUCAUCUCCACGGACCUCUGGGGUCGAGGUCUCGAUGUGCAGCAGGUCUCCCUGGUGAUUUGCUACGACUUGCCCAACAACCGGGAGCUCUACAUCCACAGAAUUGGCCGCUCUGGGCGAUUUGGCCGAAAAGGUGUGGCCAUCAACUUCGUGAAGAAUGAUGACAUUCGAAUCCUGCGUGACAUUGAACAGUUCUAUUCAACGCAGAUCGAUGAGAUGCCCAUGAACGUGGCAGACCUCAUUUGAUCAAGCUUCCGCGCAAAAGACUGCUGUUUUGGUGAGAUGCGGCAGUGCGAUACCACGAGUGAGGGCUUGAGCGCAGUGUUGGAGAGAGCAAGCACGACA